AUGGGUGCCUGCCCCCCCCUGAACUCCCACCCUCACAUCCCCAUCCCUCACAUCGCCGGAGGGGCCAACCCCUGCCCCAGUACCUGUUUCCCCAAUCCCAACCCCUGUGUCCUGGGUAGCAGCCCCAGCAGAAGGGCUGUCUGUGGGGCUGUAGCAGGCCUGAGGCCCCUACUCCACUAUGCUCCCUCUGGCCUCCCCAGAGACCUGAGGACCAAGAGGAUGCUGCUGAGGAGACACUCCAUGCAGACAGACCAGAUCAAGCAGCUGGGAGACUUUAAUGGGAUCUUUGGCCACUGA